AUGGCCCAUGAUGGCUGGCACAGCGGUGGUGGGAAGCCUCGGCAGCAGUACCAAGACCCGUGCCCGCACAGCAGGUACCGCUGGAACUUCAAGAACAACCACUGGUGCUUCCAGUGCACGGGGGCUCUGGUGGCGCAGCCUGAUGGUACGAAGCGCCCGCUUGGGCAGUGGGCUUUUGGUCCGCCUCAGAUCUCGAACUCGCCGUUCCACGCCAAGGCUAAGGCCGCCGCCUCCGCGGGCCAUGUCGACAGGCGUCCGUGGGUAUACCACCAGGGCUGGUACCCGUACGGCGGCGCAGCGGUUCCGCUCGAGCCAGCCGAUCCGAUGGCGGCCCUGCGGGCCAAGCUUGGCGACGACGGCACCGAGGAGCUGGCAGCUGUGGAGGCGCCCCUCGCCAAGAAGGAAGCCCCGCCUCCUGCUGCACCGCGGCAGCCGCUCCUUGAGGAGGACGUCUCAGCCAAGGGAGUGGCGCACCGUCGGGCCAAGUCCUGGCUCGAGCGCUGCUCUCUCAAGGUCUUGGAGGGUGAGGCCUGGCUGCAUGAGGCGCGUGAUGCUGAAGACCUUGCGGUCGCGGCUGCUGUCGAGGCCAAGCGCUCGUGGGAGGAGGCCUGUGCGAAGCGGCUUCCUCAGCCAGCGGCGGCGCCACCCGCUGCUGCAGGUGCAUCGUCGCUCAACUUGCCCACGCUCCUUGGCGAAGACAGCGAGGUCGAAGGGCUCACCAUCGUCGACGGCCCGAUGUUCAGCACGGAAGGCCUCGACCUCGACCCUGCGGACCUUCGCGACUGGGAGCGAGUCAAGACCAACCUUGCGGCUGGCAUCAAGGCCGAGAUCUCCAAGGCGCUCGGCUCUUCAGCGGAGCAGCUCGCUACUCUACGAGCGGAGGCCAAGCAGGCUCUGAGGGCGACGGCGGCGGCGCUCCUUCAACCGGCGCCGCUGACGGGCCUGAAGAAGUUCGAGCUGCUGCCAGGCGCGCCGCCAAGGAGUCCUGUGACACUACCCGAGCAGCGCAGCAAGGACUUCAGCAGGCCUACCUACCCUGGCUUGCCGUCGACCUUCUACGGUGACAUCUUCAUGGGCGCUGCGGAGGAGCUCGCCUUCGAUCCGCAGUCGUACCAAGCCAACCUCUACAGGGUCACGCUGUACGAUGG